AUGACUUCCAUCCCCGACAGCCUCUCUGGAGAGGAUGCUCUUCGCUUAGCGCAGAGACGACAGUAUCAUCGCCGUGGUCUCAAGCCACAAUAUCGUUCUCUCAACCGCCUCGUCCGUGCCGGUGCCAAGCAUCUCGUUGAAAGCGGCCAGAUCAACAUCUUCCCUGACUGCCAGCAAGAUCACAGCCAGCUUGACAAAGCCAGUCUGCGCCCUCACAUCCAGCAGGACCUACGCAACUAUUACUACAACAUCGGCAAGUCAGCUUAUCGAGGUGACGAGCUCCCUACCCAUAAUGGUCCCAUUCGCCGCAAAAUAGAUAGCCAAGACGACGGCCGGGAACUCGCCUACAGCGACAUCGAACUGCCUUCAGAUCGAUAUCGUCUCGUUCGACGACCAACGCUCGAGAGAGAAGACGCUUUCCGAGAUGCAUCUACUGCCAAGGUGCACGUUCGCCGCCGCGCCGAGCCUGGCAACGAAGACCAGCAGGUCGCUGAUCUCUACCGCAUGGGACUGCUCUACGAUAACGACGAGCAGAACCGCAGCGGUGGCGACAGCUUCGACUUGAACAGCAUCCAGCAUGAUGAGCCUCUCUAUUCGAUCCGCCCCGCUAAGCGGGCGCGGAAGCACAAGGUCGCCAAGGGUGGGUUCGGAAACCACGCCUUGCAUCUCGAUCUCUCCUUUUCCGAUCUAGGCGACGAUGAGGUUAUUGCUCAGUACCUCAUGUCGCUAACUUACCCGCAACCCGAAGAGGCGAUUCAACAUGCGCCUCAUGACUCGGCCGAGUCGCAACCUCCUCUGCGUGUCAUUUACGAACUUGCCAACUCACAGCCUUCUUUUGAUGUCGACACUUCACAGCCUCCUGAUUUGGUGGUUGAUGUUCUUUCAGAUUACGACUGCUUCUCAGAUGGCGAGCUGGACGAUGCUCCCUCGCAGAGAGUGGUGCAAGAGAACGCAGAUAACUCACCUGCAGAUGCCUGGGUCGUGCUGGGUGACGACUCGUAG